AUGGAGAAAGACAAGAGAGUUAAUCACGAUCAAGGAGUAUGCGUACUACCAUACGACGUCCUUGAGGAGAUCCUCUUGAGGCUUCCGGUCAAAUCAAACAUUCGAUUCAAAGUCGUUUCAAAACAAUGGAAAUCAACUAUUGAGUCUCGAUGUUUCGCGGAGAAACACUUAAGGCUCGUUGAACAAUCCAAACAUGAUCAUCCGAAAUUCCUAUUUGCCUCCACAAAUGAACAAUAUAACGUGUUUAAGACACUUUGCUUGGAAUCAAAUCCUGUUCGAGUCUUCAAUCUUCUCAACAUCCCUCGACGACAUUUAAUCAAAAUUUCUGAAAGCUGCAAUGGUCUUGUUUGUAUAUACGCGGACAGGGAAGCCUAUAUAUACGUAGUUAACCCGACAACUAGUUGGUUCCGCCAAAUUCCUGAAGCUAGGUUUCAGAUAUUAAUGCAAAAGGCAACAUACACUCGGGAAACUAUCACAGACGUUAAGCCAAUCCCUUUACUAGCGUUUGCAAAGGCCAUGCUGAGUGGUUAUAAAUUGGUGUGGUUAUAUAAUUCCGAUAUAUACAAUUCUGACGCUAUGAGUUUAAACGAAGGAUUUACCAAGUGUGAGGUUUUCAGUUUUAGGGCAAAUGUUUGGAGAUACUUGACUUGCACUCCAAGGUACCGGAUAUUUAACGAUCAAUCGCCAGUGUCCACAAACGGAUUAGUGUAUUGGCUCACAGAACGAUACAAUGGCGAAACCAAAGUUAUAGUUUUUGAUCUUGAAAGUGAAACUUUUCGAUUGUUGCCUAAGAAUCCGGUUUCUCGCUCACAUCCAGACCAUAUCGACCUUUGCAUUUUGGAUAAUCGUCUGUGCAUGUCCAAGAGAAAGCGCCGUACUAUGAUGCAAGAGAUUUGGAGCUUGCAAUUAUCAUCAGAAGAGACAUGGAUUAAGAUUUAUACUAUAGAUCUUCGAUCUUGUUCUUCAUGGUCCGUAUCUGGAAGGGUUUGUUUUGCUUGGACCCGCAUGAAUGUGAUUCGGCCAUGCACACCGGCGGCGAUAUUGAAGAACAAGGAGAUCCUACUGAGACAUCGUUUUGGUAAUGGUUUGGUGAAGUAUGAUCCACAAACAAAAUCUUACUCCCUAAUGUACGAUCAUCUUUCUUGUUAUAGAGUUGUUCCUUAUUUCCAGAGUUUAAUAUCUCAUAUCUAA